CUCCUCGGUGGUAUAUAAAGAGCUGAGAAUCAAUUGGAAAAGCAUCAGUUGGUUUUCUGAAUACUUUCAAGCUAAAUAAUUCUCCUGAACAUGCAGGUUCUCACCAUCGCCCUCUUCCUCGGCAUCGUCGCCACUGCCAGCGCAUGCGCUUCGAUGGCUGCGCCUGGUACUACGGUUACCACUGUUACCACCAGUGUCACCACUGUCUCUGCUGAUGAGGAAAGCACCGGCAUUCUCAGCGCUAACGAACGCAGCCUCAUCCGCAAGACAUGGGACCAGGCCAAAAAGGAUGGUGAUGUCGCUCCCCAGGUUCUUUUCCGCUUCAUCAAGGCCCACCCCGAAUACCAAAAGAAGUUCAGCAAGUUCGCCGAUGUUCCUCAAUCCGAGCUUUUGACCAACGGUAAUUUCUUGGCCCAGGCCUACACCAUCUUGGCCGGUUUGAACGUCGUCAUCCAGUCCCUGUCCAGCCAGGAAUUGUUGGCCAACCAACUGAAUGUUCUCGGUGGUGCCCACCAGCCCCGUGGAGUGACCCCUGCCAUGUUCGAGGAAUUCGGUGUUAUUGUCGAACAAGUUCUCGAGGAAGAGCUUGGAAACGGCUUCAGCGCUGAGGCCCGACAAGCCUGGAAACACGGAAUUCACGCUUUGGUUGCUGGCGUAUCAAAGACCUUGAAGAACCCAGAAGAUUUGGCUGAUCCCCAGACUAAACUGACCCUCCACCAGAUCCGCGAUGUCCAGAGGAGCUGGGAAAACAUCAGGAGCGGUCGCAACGCCCUCGUCUCAUCCAUCUUCGUCAAGCUUUUCAAGGAGACCCCUCGCGUCCAGAAACACUUUGCCAAGUUCUCCAGUGUCGCAGUUGAUUCUCUGGCCGGCCAUGCUGACUACGAGAAACAGGUUGCUCUCGUCGCUGACCGCCUGGACACCAUCAUCUCGGCCAUGGACGACAAACUGCAACUUUUGGGCAACAUCAACUACAUGAAAUACACCCAUCUCGAGCGUGGAAUUUCUCGCGACACUUUUGAGGACUUUGGCCGUCUGCUGUUGGACGUUUUGGGUGCCAGUGGUGUCUCCUCUGACGACCUGGACUCAUGGAAGGGCGUUUUGGCCGUCUUUGUUAACGGAGUCUCCCCCAAGAAAUAAGAAAAAUUUUACAAUUUCAACCUCGGCUAAUGGAAUGUCGCUCGGAUUUUCUUUCAAUACACUUUUACAAUAGACCAAAAA